CGGCACCUCUUAAACACCACAGAAGAAGCUGAAAACCAUCAACAGGAAGUACUUUGUUACCAUCCACUAUCGAGUUUUCAAACCAAAUAAAAUUAAUCAGGCUUUUGCAGGAUGUUUCUAAUGUAAGAUUAGUCUACAUGAGACGUUAAUUUGUCACAACUUAAAACGAGUUUUGAUAUUUAAGGUGUGGUCUAGCUCUUCUUUAUCUGAACGCUGUGACAAAGUAACUAGUAACUUUAGCGUACACAUUUACUGUCAGGUUUUUUUAUUUGAGGAAAAGUUGAAGAAAGAAUUCAGUAGCUUCUACGAUGGAUCGGGACAGAGCUAGUCCUUCCCCCUACACCCUGCCGGAGUCCCCUGGUCACAACUCUCCUGGUAGCGCCUUACUGCUGGAUCUGAAGAGGGUUUCUGUGCUGCUGGUCGACUGCAGGAAAACACCAGGGCAGAGUGGAACUGUGAGAGAAGGACACGAGGAGGGAGAUUUGAUUUCAUCAAGGGACAUACACUGUUGUUCUCUCAGUGGGAGGGGCUUAUCAUCUGGGGAGCCUCAACAACAUCCUGUUGCUGACGAGACAGAGAAGAGUCUCUCCAGAUCAGAGCAUCUCAAGAAACACCAGCAGGGACACACAGGGAAGAAACCUCACCACUGCUGCUCUGACUGUGGGAAAAGUUUCACAAGCCAGAGUGGCUUCAUUAUUCACUGUGAUCAGUGUGGGAAGAGUUUUGCUGCAUCGAACACCUUCAAAUCUAAUGUAAGAAUUCAUACAGGGGAGAAGCCUUACCCCUGCCUUGAUUGUGGGAAAAGCUUUGUUCGUGCAGGAGCCUUAACCGUACACCAGCGUGUACACACUGGAGAGAAGCCUUAUAGCUGCCAUCAGUGUGGAAAGAGCUUCAAUCAGUCAGGCCACCUGACUACACACCAGCGAACACACACUGGAGAGAAGCCUUAUUGCUGUGUUCAGUGUGGGAAGAGCUUUGCUGUAGCAGAAAAACUAACUAAACAUCAGCGCAUACACACAGGAGAGAAGCCUUAUAGCUGUGAUCAGUGUGGGAAGAGCUUUGCUGUAGUUUCAUCCCUGUCUACACACCAGCAAACACACACUGGAGAGAAGCCUUAUAGCUGUGAUCAUUGUGGAAAGAGCUUUGCUCUAGCUUCCACCCUGACUGUACACCAGCGAACACACACUGGAGAGAAGCCUUAUACAUGUGAUCAUUGUGGAAAGAGCUUUGCUCAAUCUGGGAGCCUGACUGCACACAAGCAAACACACACUGGAGAAAAGCCUUAUAGCUGUGAUCAGUGUGGGAAGCGCUUCAGUCAAUAAGGGACCCUUUAUUCACACCAGUGAACACUUACUGGAGAAGGAACCUUAGGUCUGUCUAGGUGGGAAGAGCUUUGUUUUUAUUUUGGGUCAAUGAGAAAACAACAGAAGGCACAAACAUGCUCUAUUUCAUCUCCCUCCCUUCUUGCACUGUUUCCAGAUCCCUAAAUAAAGGAUCAGUAUGAAGCAUCUAGUGAACAGUCAUAUCCAUCUCUCAUUCUUAAACAGUUGCCUCAGUCUGAUCACCAUGGUAACCUCUGGAGCAUAAUAUGUAGCUCUGAUCUAGGAUCAGGUCUCCACUGUGUCUAUGUAAUAUCACACAUUGAUCUAAAUGGAUAAAUGUUAUCAUAGGAAAUGUCAUAUUGAACCUGUGGGGGGGAUGUUGAUAAUUGUAUCUUCUUUCAUGUACACAUGAUACUAUUAUUAUUAAAUGUCAUUAUGUAGAAUAAUGUUUCAACAAUAGGUGUAUAUUCAUGUAUUAAAUUGAUCAAUACAUUCAAUACAUUAUCUUCUAAACAAGAAGUUAUCACUUAAAUGGUGUAUUUUAUAAAUCUGUAUUGAUUAAAAUGAUCCUAAAUCUAAUCCAUAAUAUAUUGGAUAAUUAUUUCCAUGAGUUCAUGGCUAGAUCUAUGCAUACUGUGUCUUGUAACAACGGUUAAUGUAAUAACUUUUAGAUUUAUAAUGUAAUAAAACCGGUAAAUGUAACAUCUUGUUGGUUAAUAUGAUAAAAUGUUGUCUAAUAACCUUUAUUGGUAUCAGGUAACAACUGUUUUUAAUGAAUAACGUAAUAACUUAAACCGAUCAUGUAAUAACACCUAAACCAAUGUUUAAAGUGUUACUUCACCAAUGUUAAUGCACAUACCACCCUCCACCAAUUACAAACCCACACACACAAACCUAUGCCCUUGUACUCUUACACAAACAAGCACACAGUUAUAGACACAUACAUUGAUAAAAAAAAAUAAUAAUAAUAAUAAUUAACAAUUAAUCUGUAGUUCUUAUACUCAAUGAGACAGGGGGCUCGGUCGGGCAAGAGAAAGGAGGAUUGGGAAACUGCAAAUAACAAUAAGCUGAACUCCGCUUAGCAGAAACAUCUUUGUAUUAGCAACUAUUAAUGAUUAGUUUAUAUUGUGUUAAAGUUAAGGGACAUCACCCUGGGCGGGGUGAACCAUAGUAGGGGAAGUAAAGAGAAAACACCAUCUUGAGAACUGAGUGUCUUGUUUGUAAAUUGCUGUAAGUGUAAACUCCGGGAUGCAAACUAUAUUAAACAAACUAACCUCUGAUCA